UUUUUAGUUCAAUUUCGUGUCGUCGCCUAUCGAUAUUCCGCGUAAUCGGAACACCGCAGCCACUCCGUAGCUGUCUAACGUGCGCAUGGUUUGUGACGUGCGAACGGUGUUUCUGUGUCGCGUAUGUUUAUGCUGUCCUCCCCUAAAACAGACCCGGCAAAAUGGGCGAUAUAGUACGGCGAGCAUCUGAUCAUAUUUUAGAAGUGAUAUUCUCGUAUCUGGACCUGCACACGUUGAGAAACUGCUCGUUGGUGUGCAAGAGGUGGUACCAGUUCCUCAACGACGAGAACAACCACGUGUGGCGGAUGCACUGUAUUAGGAAAUUAGCCCAGGAGGCCCUCAGUUCGGAUUUGUUGUCGUCUGUGCCUACGUACAAGUCGAAACUCCGUGCUUUCUAUCACGCGUGGAAUCCGAACGAUUGCUCACGUAAUAUCUACAUCAAACCUAACGGAUUUACCCUGCACAGAAACCCCGUGGCGCAGAGCACAGACGCGUGUAGAGGUAAAAUAGGUUUCCGGCAUGGGCGACACGCUUGGGAAGUUAUUUGGGAAGGACCGUUAGGAACAGUAGCUGUAAUAGGAAUUGCCACUAAAGAAGCACCUCUUUUGUGCCAUGGAUAUGUAGCGUUACUCGGCUCUGAUGAACAUUCCUGGGGUUGGAAUCUUGUUGAUAACCACUUACUGCAUAACGGAGAUCCGCAGGGAAAUUAUCCUCUCCUCAAUAAUGCCCCCAAAUAUCAGGUUGGAGAGAGAAUUAGGGUAAUCUUGGAUUGUGAUGAUAAUACGUUGUCGUUUGAGAAGAACUAUGAAUUUCUAGGUGUAGCUUUCAGAGGAGUAAUUCUUCGCACGAUAGUAUACAGGGUGUCCCACUUAAAGUGUUCAUUGAGUAUAGCUACGUUAUUUUUUGUACAAGAACAAAUAGCGUGAACAAGAGUUGUACAGCGUGGUGAAGUCAAAUAGUGACAGAACGGGUUGUUCUGCAAGGCCUCUUUCAACAGGCACGCCAGAAACACUGGAAAUUAUUCGUCCUAAAGGUAAAACUGGAUUUUUUUUCUUUUUCUUUCGUGUAGUUUCUGUUCUAAGAGAAAGCGAAUAAGGAUCCGAACGCUCAUAAUGUACCACUUCGAUUUAAGAGAGACGCAAAAGAAAAAACAUCCAGUAAUUCUUAAGCAUUUCCCGGUGAAAUGUAUUUUUCUCAUAUUUCAAUAUUUAACGUCCUUAUACGUGAUCGCACCUCGAUGCGAUCUGACUUAGACUUUGGAAUCAAUAUUCUAAAGUCUAGAUUUAGGUUUUAAGCUAUAUAUUAAGUUGCUAGUCGUAUACCAAUAUCGUUUUACUAUCUCGUGUAUAUGCCACUGUAAAUUUUUAUGCCACUAUAUUGCGGACGGGUGAAUGCACAAGAAACAUUUCGCUUUACCGCGUCGAGUCUUGAAAAAUUGUCCCAUUUUCAUUGAUCAAGUCUAGUAAAUUUUUAUGUUGAUCGACAUAUACAUAUAUACAUAUAUAAAUACGAAAAAUUGUAUAUUGCAAUCUAUUAAGUCUAUACAUAUAUAUUUAUAAAUAAUACUGUUUUAAUAUAAAAUUGAAUACUGAGGCGAGAGAUUAUAGAACGAGAACUAGGUGUGAUUAGACAAUUAUGUAUAAUGUACAUAUUUAUUAUAUGACGAUUGCGUUUACCGUAUGUAGUGUUCGUGAAUUAGUUUUUCUAAACUUUUGUACAGAAUCGUGUAAAUAGUGAUUAUAAAUAUUUGUGAAAUAAACUUUAUUUCAUAUGUAAGCAUCGUUUCUUCUUGCGACAAACUUCCGCCAUUAGUCUGUUUGUGAUUGAUGACAAACCGCUGUAUAAUGAAAAAAAAAAUAAUGAUAAUUUAAAUAAUGAUUGAGAGAAUAAAACAUUGUCUUAAAGCAUAAGUCUCAUUU